GAUCAUCUCUUUCAUCUAGAAGCUCACAGAUUUGAGAAAGGAAGGGGCAGAUGUCCAUAUGCACCAAGUUCCUCCUUCAUCUCCACUUUAUAUGGUAGUGAAUUAUUUACCGGACUCUAUAGUGACUACUGGGGGAGAGAUGCUGCGAUCUUCCGCAUGAUGGGCCGCAUGGCACACAUCCGGACUGAACCCGAUGAUGAUCGACUGCUGAAAGAACCUAAAUUUGUUAGUUCCUACAUGAUUCCUGACAAUGAAGACCGGGAAGACAACAAGGUGUAUUUCUUCUUUACUGAGAAAGCUUUAGAGGCCGAAACAGGUGCUCAUGCUCUCUAUUCCAGAGUGGGCAGAGUGUGUGCGAAUGACAUGGGCGGACAAAGGAUGCUGGUCAAUAAAUGGACUACUUUCCUCAAAAGCAGAUUGAUAUGCUCUGUACCAGGGAUGAAUGGCAUUGAUACACAUUUUGAUGAGUUGGAAGAUAUAUUUUUGCUCCAGACUCGGGAUAACAAAAACCCAGUGAUAUUUGGACUCUUCAACACUACAAGUAAUAUAUUCCACGGAUAUGCUAUAUGUGUAUAUCACAUGGUUAGUAUUCGGGCAGCUUUCAAUGGGCCAUACGCUCACAAAGAAGGACCUGAAUACCACUGGUCUGUGUAUGAAGGCAAAGUACCCUACCCAAGACCUGGAUCGUGUGCCAGCAAAGUGAAUGGGGGUCUUCAUGGGAGCACCAAAGACUAUCCAGAUGAAGCAAUCCGUUUUGCUCGAACUCAUCCACUGAUGUAUCAGGCUGUUCGGCCUGUUCAUAAAAGACCAAUUCUUGUGAAGACAGAUGGAAAAUACAAACUCAAACAAAUAGCAGUAGAUAGAGUAGAAGCAGAAGAUGGUCAAUAUGAUGUCUUAUUUAUUGGAACAGAUAAUGGGAUUGUCCUGAAAGUUAUUACAAUUUACAACCAAGACACAGAAUCUAUGGAAGAAGUGAUUCUUGAAGAGCUACAAGUGUUCAAAGUACCAGCUUCUGUUAUUUUUAUGGAAAUUUCUUCCAAAAGACAACAAAUUUAUGUUGGGUCUGAGUCUGCUGUUGCACAGGUAAAGUUCCACCAGUGUGACAUGUAUGGAACAGCUUGUGCUGACUGCUGCCUAGCAAGAGAUCCAUACUGUGCUUGGGAUGGGAUCUCCUGUUCCAGAUACUACCCAACAGGAACACAGACAAAAAGACGCUUCCGUAGACAAGAUAUCCGUCAUGGAAAUGCAGCUCAACAGUGCUUCGGCCAGCAGUUGCUAGGAGAAGCCUUGGACAAGACUGAAGAGCGACUGGUGUAUGGGAUAGAAUACAAUAGCACUCUGCUUGAGUGUAUCCCAAGAACCCUGCAAGCCAAAGUGAUUUGGUUUGUGCAGAGAGCUCAUGAACCCCGAAAAGAAGAGGUAAAGGCUGAUGAGAGGAUCCUCAAAGUGGAUAUUGGCCUAUUGUUUUUAAGAUUGCACCGGAUGGAUGCUGGAACAUAUUUUUGUCAGACAGUAGAACACAGUAUUGUUCAUACAGUAAGAAAAAUCACUCUUGAAGUUGUGGAAGAGGAACGUGUAGAUGACAUGUUCAAUAAAGACUAUGAAGAGGACAUAUCUCAGAAAAUGCCCUGUCCUGCACAGAGUAGCAUCCCCCAUGGAUCAAAGCCAUGGUACAAAGAGUUCUUACAAUUAAUAGGUUACAGCAAUUUCCAGAGAGUGGAGGAAUACUGUGAAAAGGUGUGGUGCACAGACAAGAAGAGAAAAAAGCUGAAAAUGUCUCCCUCCAAGUGGAAGUAUGCCAAUCCACAAGAGAAGAAAGCACGUAUCAAAUCAGAUCAUUACCGAGUUCCCAGGCACACUGCUGAGUCCUGAUGGGAAAACCAAUAUUAUCGCACACACACACACACCCCAAAAAAAAUCCAUUCAAGAGAGCAUUUGGGGGUUUGGACCUAACAAAGGGGGAUGUUGAGACUGGAAAUGAGCUAAAAUGCUUUUAGUAAGUUAUAUAUUUGAUGUCUGUUUAGAUGCAUUUUUUAAAAAAAAAUUACUUAAUUGUUGAAUUUUAAUUGUAUCGUUAUGAACCAAGCUUCAAUUGAAAGACAAUCUGACAAUCAUAUUCAUCGUUUAGUCCAAUUAAUCAAGUAUGGACUAUGCUUGUACUGUAUAUUUUAGUGUAAUUGGGGGUAUUUAAGUGAGUUCAAAAUGCUGAUGUUUUGAUAAGCAAGGCAACAAUGAAUUGUAUAGUUUGUUUGUUUGUUUGUUUUCAUUUCAAGCAUAGUUAUGAUUGAUUUUCAUAUGGCAUAUCCUCUAUGGCCUAAAGCCUCUUUCUAAGUUCUAGAAAUUUUCCAGUUUUCAUUUAUGAAAAGCAUGUUUCUAAUUCUUGUUCAGUUUGCAUAUAUGAUAGCAGGAGUGGUGAAUGGGGAAAUGGUGAUUAUAAAUAAAAGCUGAAAAACAAACAGAGAGCAAAACUGUUUGAGUAAUGCAGCAGUAAGUAUGACUGCAUAUCUAUAAAAGUAAUGAGAAGAGGUCUUCAUUAUGAUUAACUCAUUAGCGGGAGCAAUAAGUUAUUGUAUAAUUUUGCUGAACUGA